CUUGCAGACAAGGUUGACAAGGUGCACAGGGACUGCACCAUCUCCAACGUGGUGGCAGCCUCCACUGGCACUGUGUCUGGCAUCCUGACCAUCCUUGGCCUGGCUUUGGCACCGGUGACAGCAGGGGUCAGUCUGGCACUCUCGGCAACUGGGAUAGGGCUGGGAGCAGCAGCUGCUGUGACCAGUGUGUCCACCAGCAUUGUGGAACGCUCAAGCAACUUGUCCGCAAAAGCUGAAGCCAGUCGCCUGGCGUUAAUUGAUAUCGACAAAGGGGAGGUGGUAGAGGAAACUCUAUGUCACAGUGCACCCCAUAUUUUUGCCUUAUCAAAGAAUUUCAUCCAAGUUGUGGCAAAUGUUAAGAAGAACGUCCAUGCUAUCAAGCUAGCCACAGCCAAACCUCACUUAGCAGCCCACGCCAAGCGCCUCAUGACCGUUGGGAGAAUCUCGGUCCACAGGGGCGAGCAGGUGCAGAAAGCUUUUGGAGGUACCGCUCUGGCAAUGACCAAAGGAGCCCGGGUUAUGGGUGCGGCCACUGCAGGUGUCUUCCUUCUGAUGGAUGUGAUCAGCCUUGUGGAAGAGUCACUGCAUUUGCAUGAGGGGGCAAAGGCAGAGUCAGCUGAAGGGCUGAGGCAGCAGGCUCAGGAGCUGGAGAGGGUGUUGGAGGAGCUCACCCAGAUCCAUGAGAUGCUGCAGUAGGGCCUCAUUCCAUGACCCCCAGAGCACUGCAGGGAGUGGGGACGUGUUCUGGACAAAGGCAUGGAGGUAUCUUAUUAGAGGGAAAAAGAGGGCAAGAUAAACUUUAUGGGAGUGGGUGUUAAGGAGCUUGGCAUUUCUGUAGCUGAACACAACAAGGGAGUGGUUAAUUCAGAUGGCAGAUGAGUCAAAGAGAAUGAAGGAAAGUGGAGCCUGGAAUAAGGGAGGAGAGGGGAUUGGGAGUGAGGGGAAUGGGGAGAAACCAUUUAUUUUGGACUAAAGAAGACAUUGGGGGCAGGGAUAAAGAGAGAGGUGUAGAGAACAGGCAAUGAGAAGGCUAGGAAUACUACAGAGUUGAAAACAGGAGAAAGCUAGAGAGUUAGAAUUGAUGGAAUAUGGAGAAGUAACAUGGCUCGUCUACUGACCCUCCCCAUCAUUUGAUGUC